GAUGUUCAAUGUGCAUCAAUUUUGAUGCAUUUUGCAUUUGAUCUACUAUAUUUCGAUAAACAAAUCUAUAUUACUUAUAUAUGGUGAAAUAAAAUGAAAGAUGGACAACUAACUACUUCUCGCAAUUAAAGUUACAAUUGCAUAUUGCAUAGUGUUUCAGUUUUUUCUUCAAGUAUCAUGAAUACUUAUUGCUGUGCUAAAUGAAAAUGGCUCAGAAUAUAAAGGAUUUGUGUCGACUCUGUGCUAAAGGCGAAGGGUUUACUAAAGAUUUAAUGGAUAACAGUAAUAAGAAUAUUCUCAAAAUGAUACAGGAAUAUGUGCAUGUAUCUGUGAACGAAACUGACGAUUUACCCACUAAGGUGUGUCUGAGCUGCGAAGAGAAAGUGGUAUCAUUUGAGCAAUUUGUGUUAGAAUGUCUAAAAGUGCAGGAAACAUUGAAGAAAAUGUGUUUAGGGGCAUGCACAACAUGCCCAAUCAAGUAUGAGUCUGAUGAUGUGGAGUUUGGACUUCCACCAAUCAAGUCUGAGGUUAAAGUGGAAAUGAUGCCAGAAGAAUUAGUGAAUGUCAUAAACAAUGAUGAAUCAUUUGGUGAUGACUUUGAAGCAGACAACUUUAGCAACAGUGAAACAAGAGAUGAAAGUGAUGGUGAACUAAGUGAUGCCAUGACAUUAGCAACACUUAAGAAAACAAAAGCAAAGAAAAACAAAAGAAAGCAAAUAAGUGAAGAAGAAAAAAUUGAAUUUAAGAAUGUACUUAAGAAAUCUAACUUGAAUGUUAAAGAUUUUGUAAAACUAGAAUGUAACAUGUGCGAUGAAGCCAUGUCAACGUGGAGCGCUUUAAGAGUUCAUUAUGCUAAAGUGCACAAAAGCAAGCCCAUGGUGUUUUGUCUAUGUGGAUUUAUUGUCAGAUCCAAAAGUGUUCUUUACAAACAUGUAUCAGAUCACCGGAUAGAAAGUCGUAAACUUAAAAAGAAUGACUCAGAUUCAGAGAAAACAGAAGAAUCGAAAUAUUCAAGUUUAAAUGUCAAUGAUUUUGUCAACUUCACAUGCUCAUACUGUGAGAAGGAGUGCAAGAGUUGGUAUAGUUUGAAAUCACAUUGCGAAGGGAAGCACAACACAACACCUGUGGUUAGAUGUAGCUGUGGCAUUACUCUAAAAUCGAAAUCUGUUCUUUACAAACAUGUACAAGAUCACAAAAAUCCCAAUGUUAUCUGUUGUGAUAAAUGUCCACGGAUAACUAAAACGGAAGCAGCCAUGAACAAACACAAAAUGAGACAUGUGCCUAAGUCUGAAAGAAAGUUUUGUUGCGCUUCAUGCGAUAAGGUGUUUAAUUCAAAGGAUACGCUUAAGUCACACGAAAGAUCGCAUAUACCGAUAGAAGAACGAAAAAUAUACCGAUGUGAAAUAUGUGAUCUCAAGUUUACCACGCGCUCGUCGGCAGCGUCGCAUAAACGCGUGGUGCACGAGAAGAUCAAGAGUUACGUGUGCGAUCUGUGCGGCUACGCGUGCGGUACUAACGGAGAGUUGCGACAGCACCGCGCCAUACACAGCGAGGAUAAGCCAUUCGUCUGCAGGACCUGCUCCAAGCCAUUCAAAACAUAUUCCAAUCUAAAGACUCACAUGGAUACUCACGAGGAUACGUCAUACGUGUGCUUUGUAUGCAACCGUGUACUAAACAGCCGACGUACACUGCGGAAACAUCUGCUGGUACACGAGGACAAGUGUCGCCACGUAUGCUCCUAUUGCAAUAAAGCCUUCAAGCGGAGACAGACUUUAAAGGUUCACAUGUACACGCACACUGGUGACAAGCCCCUUACGUGCAAGUGGUGCGACGAGCGGUUUUCGUACGCGUCUACUCUGCGCUCGCACCGGCUGCGCUGUCACCCGGACAAAAUGGCUGUCCAGUACUCCUCCUACAAUACGCACGUCGUGAUGCAAGAUGGUUACAUAAAAAACGACUUGCCCCUAAACAUUGCGAAAUCCGAUGUAGAUGCUAUUCAAUAAUAAGUAUUAUUACUAAUUUUUCUUAUUGACAUUAAUUAAUUAUUUAUCUUUAGAAGAAAUAUUGUCAUCCACUUAGUUUUAAGUCGAAUUAAUUAUGAUUUUCUGUUUGUUUAAUAAACAAGUAUCAUUUACAUUUACAA